UUUCAGUCCCCAAGCCACAUCUUUCACAGUGUCAGUGGUAGCCGGCUGGGCUGUUUAUUUUAGGAAACAAAUAGCUGUAUCAUUUGCACACGCCCUUAUAGGCAGACACACGCUCUCCACUCACAUUCUUCAAAAGAAGUGAAGGCAAGAUGAAGAGCUCUUUGUUGCCGUGGGUGGCCUUCGCCGUCUCCUUGGAGUUCGUCCUUGUGGCAGGUACUCUACAGGACUAUGAUGGUGAGGAGCGCGUGCUGGUGAACAACAAGUGUAAAUGCACAACAGUGACCUCAAAGUUCGUCCCCUCCAAAGAAAAUCCUGAUGAAGAAAUCCUGGAAAGAAACAUACGCAUCACUGUCCCACUCAGGAGCCGACAGAACAUCUCUGACCCCACAUCCCCGCUCAGAACCAAUUUUGUCUACCGCAUGGCCGAACUCUGCAAAAAAUGUGAUCCUGUAGAAGUUGAGCUAGGUGGUGAGAUAUACGAGGCCCAGCAGAGCACCUCCUGCAACGAGCCAGAAACCUGCUACACCUACAACAGGGACAAGUGCUACACCACAACCUUCCCAUUCAUCUACCGCGGGGAGACCAAACACAUUCAAGCAGCUCUGACACCAGCAUCCUGCUAUGCUGAUUAGCUCAACCCACUGCUAUCCUAACACCUUGUUGCUUUCUCUUUUCCUAUCAGCCAUACACGUAUAGCACCAUAGUACCUGGACAACAGCGUCCAAAGUAUCAGCUCCCAGAAUAAUGCAAGCUUACUUCUUGUGCUUCAUAUCAAGAAUACCACCCCCUUGAAUACUCGCUGGUUGUCAGAUUCUGUUCUCUUAUCCCUGGCACAUAUCUGCGACACCAUUAUAUGUCUUAGACAUUAUCACCAGCUAGACCAGAUCCUCAAACAGCUGUAAAUCAGUAAUUCCCUUGAAAUCAAAGGAACUACAUUAGUUUACAACAGUAUAGAAUCUUUCCUGACCAUCUUCCAUCAGUCUAUCUCAGCAAGACUAUCAUGGACAUCAGCAGCAAUGUCCAUGUUUCCUGAUUGUUUCCUGAGCAAUCUAAAACAAACCUCUGCACAAACAUUCCACAAUACUCUUUGAUUAUACUAGCAUAAUUUUUGCCAUUAUUAGAAGUCUGUUGUACAAUCACAUUUGAGAAAAAAUCAGGUGAGACUGAAUUCACAUUUAAACUUUUUUUUUUUUGUAAUUAGGCAUUUAGGAUCCUUUUAGUGCUUUGGCAAUGAUAAGCUUCCUGUUUUCACGUAGAUAUAGUGAAAAUGUUGCCACCCUGAAAUGUUAUGCAAAGCCAACAGGACCUCAGCUCUUCUUGCAGUAGUAAACUUCUUCAGGACAUGUUAGGUACUUCGCUUCCCACAUUCACUAACUGAUAAUGAUGCAUUCCCAGUUCAAUCGAGGAUAAAAAAAAUCAAGUUGGCUUGAAUUUCUUGUUCCUGAUUUUGCAUUUAGAGCUGCAAAAAAUCCUACGAAGCUGCCACAAUUGCAAGGGCAGGGCCCUAGUUAGGGAUUAAUUCCCUUUUUCACAACAGUCUUCUUUCUGUUCAUACAAGAAACUUUCCCCAAUUAAAGUUGAUUCUGUACUGUACAUUA